AUGCUGUCCCAUUUUGGGAAAAGGACCGUGCAAAGUGCGGUAGAAUUCAUAAUAUCGUGGACUGAGGGAUGUUGCGAAUAUUCGCAUCCGCAUCCGCAUCCGCAAAUGCGGAGCUUCCGCAUUGAUUUGGACGUCCGCAUCCUCAUCCGCAAUAAUCAAUACGGAACUCAUGCGGAUGCGGAUGUAAAUGUGGUGCAAAUCGCGACAAGAAAGACUCGGUUUUCGCAGACUGAUACAAGAAUUAUCACCAAGACAACCGAUUUUUUUACUGACUUUGUGUGCACGGAACUGUAUGGCAAAGUUACUAACAAAGUGAAAGAAUUAAUCGAAAAAUUUGAUUACAUGGCGUUUACUUCUGAUAUUUGGUCGGAUCCAAGCUCUAAUGCAUCUUUGCUUAGCCUGACUUGUCAUGGAAUCGCAGAAAACUUUGAUCGAUCAUUGAUUAUAUUGAAAUGCGAAACCUUCGACGACCGUCACUUUGGUGACAUAAUUGCAGAAAAAUUUGACACGAUGCUUACUGAAUGGAAUAUUUCAAAAGAACAAGUGCACUGCAUUAUUCGUGACGAAGGCUCCAAUAUGAAAAGUGUUAUGCGAUUAACAGUAUUGAAUGAUUUGGAUUGUGCAGUUCACAAGAUGCAAUUCGCUAUUCGAAGUGGUUUACAAUCGCAGGAAAACAUAACAGUCGUCAAACAAAAAUGUAAGAAAAUUUCGACUCACUUUAACCAUUCCACCAUUGCUCAAAAACAACUGCAAAAAAUCAAGGACAGACUGAAUCAACCGCAUCUCAGAGUGUUUCAAGAUUGUGUAACGCGAUGGAACACAAAAUUUUCUUUGUUGGAAGAGAACAACUUAUAUGUCAUAGCCACGUACUUAGACCCGCGCUACAAGCACAAGUUUUUUACACCAGUGACUGAGGAAAAUAUUAAGGACGAUAUUUUGAAGAUUAGGACAAACAUAGAGAAUGACGUCUCAAACUCUCAAAUAUCUCCAAAUUUCAAAGCAGCGAAAAAAAUGAAAAUGGGAGAUUCCCUCGUGAAAGAUACGGAACAACCUGGAACAUCCGGUACAGCCAGAAAGCCAUGCUUGAAAAGCGAUCUUGCCAUGAUGCUAGAUUCGUCAAGUGAAGAUGAGAGUCAAGAAAUAUCAGAAAAUGGUUCCCCUGAUGCUGUCCUCAAGAAGGAAUUGCUUUCGUAUCGAAAUAAAGCAAGGCUGAAUAUAAAUGAAAAUCCACUUAAAUGGUGGAGCGUUAAUCGUACGGAAUUAAAAAUUUUAUCUGUAAUAGCACGCAGAUUUUUAUCGCCUCCACCAGCUAGUGUUCCCAGUGAACAGUUAUUUAGUAGUGCAGGAUUAAUUUAUGAACCUCUGAGAAAUAGACUCGAAUCUGAAAAGGCCGCAAUAUUACUUUUUAUUAAAUAUAAUUCAACAAUUUUUAAAUUUUCGUACUAA